AUGGAUUGCUGUGGGGUUGGGGACGGGGGUCCGACAGUGCCCAGUCCCACUCGUGCAUGGGUUCAGCGGGCUUUCUCGAAUGGCGUUGCGUCGUCUGAGUCGUACAUUGCCCCUUUUCGUGCGAGCUUGACAGACCCCUUUCUGGGCAUGUUUGUCGAGAUAGCGACCCUUAUCGACACCGGGGAUGAGGCCAUCGAACUCUAA